AUGGAACAAUUUCGGGCCGGCUAUUCGUCAACUUCUGAGGAGACCACCGAGCAAGAGGAUACCAUAGAUUAUCCUGAAGGAGGCCUCGAGGCAUGGCUGGUCGUUUUCGGGGCAUGGUGUGCUAUGGUCCCAGCCUUGGGCAUGAUGAACACCAUUGGAACCCUCCAUAUCUGGACCAGUACCCAUCAGCUCAAAGACUACCCAGAGUCAAGCAAUGGCUGGAUAUACGGAGCAUAUGGGUUCUUCCUCUACUUUGCAGGAGCGCAGAGUGGGCCGAUCUUGGACACGUGGGGACCAACAUACAUUAUCAUUGCCGGAUCCGUUGGAAUGGUUGUGGCAUUGGUGUGCUUCAGUGUCAGCAAUGAAUACUAUCAGAUAUUUCUCUCCUUUAGUGUCUUGGGCGGAUUAUCAGCCAGUGCUCUGUUCACCCCAGCAAUUGCGGCCAUCGGUCAUUGGUUCAAUGUCCGCCGAGCGUUUGUCACUGGUCUUGCUUGCACGGCAGGCGGACUGGGAGGUGUGAUAUUUCCUGCGAUCAUAUAUUUCACGGCGCCUAAAAUCGGGUUUGGCUGGACUAUCCGGAUCAUCGCACUUUUGAGCGCUGUGUUGUGUGUCAUUGCAUGUUUCUUAAUCAAGACCCGGCUUCCACUCGGUAAGGAAGCCGGGGGCAGUGCACUGGCAGAUUUCAAGGCAUUAAGAGACCCCAAAUACGCCGCCACAACGAUCGCAAUCUUCCUGGUUGAGUUUGCUGUGUUUGUGCCCACCACAUAUCUCUCGGCAUAUGCAGUGCACGUCGGUUUAAGCAACACAGUAUCGUACCUGCUGAUAGUGUUCCUGAACAUCGGGCUAAUCCCGGGACGCCUGCUGCCCGGCCUAGCUGCAGACCGAUUAGGACGGUUCAACAUGAUGGUCCUCACCUCCCUGGUAUGCGCAAUAUUGACUCUCGCAUUGUGGUACAAAUCUGGCAGCAGCUUGGGCGCAAUUGUCUGUUAUGCUGUGCUAUUCGGAUUCUGGAGCGGGACUGCCAUGAGCCUGUCCCCGGUCUGCAUUUCCCAGAUCUGCGCGACAGAAGACUAUGGAACGCGAACCGGCACGACGUACACCAUUGCCAGCAUCGGGGUGCUCACAGGGAUUCCGAUUGCCGGAGCGAUCCAGCAACGCGAUCAUGGGGAGUAUGGCGGACUCAUUAUCUUUGCGGGGGUGUUGUAUCUUUCGGCCGCAGCCGCAUUUGCCGUGGCUCGAGGGAUUUGCAGGGGUUGGUCGUUAAAGACCAGGUUCUGACCAGGGUCGUUCCCUCGGAGAAGAGCUUAUCCAGUCACAGCCAUUCCGAUUCCCUGGCUAGUGUGGCUUAGCAGGGCUGAAGUAGCACUGAUGCGCUGACAAGCGUGAUGAACAUGGGAUUUGGAAGCCUCUAAUGUAGAGUAUGUGAGCG